AAACGUGAAGUUUGGAAAGGACCUCCCAUCCCAUGCUACCACCAUUCUCCUGCACUAACGAGAAUCUCUGUCCUUAUCCACUGAUAAAAUUCACUAUAGUACAGGUUUUGCAAUGGAAAAUUUGACGGUGGUUCUCCGAACAAGACGUCUUACUCGUGAUGGGAUUGACUCAGGCAGGGUCAGUGCCUCUAAUAGGCACUUUGUUGAAGAAAUGCCCAGGAUUCGUCCAGGUCGGAAAUCAAGACCGUUUCUGGCUAGGAAUAUGCCCGGGGGCCUCCUUUAUCAUCUUAAGUACAACAGGAGGAUGGUGGGGCUACGUCCGAAGCAAACAAUUACUGGCCUAAGGCGCUUCUUUCGAGAGCAUGGUGUGCAACCGGGGGAUCGAAUUACUUUGUACAAGGCCGGGGGCAAUCCGGUGACGUUGAUGGGAACACUCAUCUCUCCACUCUAUGUCAUCCACUUUGAGAGGGUCAACGAAGUUGCAGACCGGUGAUCAUCAUGCUCUUCGAGGAAGCUGAAUCUGCCUGUUAAAAGAUCACGGAGUUAUAGUUGUUUCGUUUUUGUUUGUUUGUUUGUUUUUUUUUUUUCCCUGUGUCUUCCUGUCAGUGGUUUUCCAAUAAUUGUAACACUCUAGU